AUGAAGAAUACAGUUUAUUACAAUUCAACGUGCGAAUUGAAGUCGGUGAUAAUUUCUUAUACUCAUUCGUCCACACCCGUGGUGUGCCUUGUGAUAGAAGGGGGCACUAACACAGUCCGAGCUGUACUGGAGUACGUCACAGAUACGCCGCCAGUUCCUGUGGUGGUCUGCGAUGGUAGUGGCAGAGCAGCAGACCUCAUCGCUUUUGUGCAUAAGUAUGCAUCAGAAAGUGGUGAGCAAACGGUACUGGAGUCGAUGCGAGAUUACCUGAUCAGUACCAUCCAGAAAACCUUCGAAGUGGGCCUGCAGCAGGCUGAGUGCCUUUACUCUGAACUCUUGCAGUGCACUCGGAAGAAGAACUUGAUCACCGUCUUCAGAAUCCAAGAGCGCGCUGAGGGUGGUGAAGUUCAGGAGUUGGAUCAAGUGAUUCUGACGGCGCUGUUCAGGGCCCAGCAUCUUUCUCCGAGCGAACAGCUGUCGCUUGCAUUGACGUGGAACCGAGUGGACAUUGCACGAUCAGAAAUUUUUGUGUAUGGACAGGAAUGGCCGCCAGGAGCUCUCGAUGAAGCUAUGAUGCAAGCCUUGGAGCACGACCGUAUUGAUUUUGUGAAACUUCUUCUUGAAAAUGGUGUAUCCAUGCGAAAAUUCCUUACAAUACCUCGGUUGGAAGAGUUGUAUAAUACUAAGAGUGGACCAAGCAAUACGUUAAGGUAUAUUCUUCGAGAUGUGAGGCCUCAUCUACCUAGAGGUUACAUAUAUACUCUGCAUGACAUCGGGCUAGUGAUCAAUAAACUCAUGGGAGGUGCAUAUAGAUGCUACUACACCCGCCGCAAGUUCCGUCCUAUCUACGCCAAGGUGAUGAACAAAAGCGUCAACGUUCAUCGCAACAGUGCUUCGUUCACCCGACACAAUGCCGGAGGGCUCUCCCUGAUCACCGGCUUUAUGCCCGUCACUACAGAGAUGGCGCUCUUCGACUACCCUUUCAACGAACUACUCAUGUGGGCAGUUUUAACGAAACGACACCAGAUGGCGUUAUUAAUGUGGACGCAUGGAGAAGAGGCAUUGGCGAAAUCCCUGGUUGCCUGUAAGUUAUACAAAGCUAUGGCACAUGAAGCAGCUGAGGAUGAUAUGGAGACGGAGGUCUAUGAGGAACUCAGGCAUUACGGAAAAGAAUUUGAGACUAAAGCUCUGGAGCUUUUAGACUACUGCUACCGCCAAGACGAUGACCAAGCCCAACAGUUACUCACUUGUGAACUACAAAACUGGUCUGGUCAAACCUGUCUCAGCCUAGCAGUUGCAGCUAAUCACCGCGCUCUUCUAGCUCACCCUUGCUCACAAAUCAUUCUAGCUGACCUUUGGAUGGGUGGUCUGAGAACGAGAAAAAACACAAACCUUAAGGUAAUUCUGAGCCUGCUGUGUCCGCUGUACAUUCUCCAACUGGAGUUCAAGUCGAAGGAGGAACUGCAGCUGAUGCCACAGACGGAGGAGGAGCAUCUUGAGAACGAGAGCAUAGAGGAUGACAGGAGCACCAAGGAUCCCAACGAUGCUGAGGCGUUGAUUGGCUCAGGGGCCGAAUGCGAAACUCGUGUCGAUCAGAACGGGAAAGUUGGUAAAAUUGGAUGGGAACCCACCUACAGAGAACUGCCGGAAUACCACUCGCCCGAGGAUAAGAGGAUGAGGCCACUAAGGCUCAGGAAGAAAAUUUACGAGUUUUUUACAGCACCGAUAACCAAAUUCUGGGCCGACUCGAUUGCCUACAUAUUGUUCCUAUUGAUGUUUACGUAUACAGUAUUAGUCAAGAUGGCUCCAACACCAUCUUGGCCGGAGAUAUAUUCUAUAUGUUAUAUAUUAACGUUCUUAUGUGAGAAGAUAAGGGAAAUUAUUACGUCCGAACCUGUUGCUAUUAAACAUAAGUUCAGCGUAUGGGCAUGGAAUCUAUGGAACACGUACGACGCAGGUUUUAUAAUAUUCUUCCUCGUGGGACUCAUUCUUAGGUUAAGGGAAGGCUCGAUGGACGUAGGCAGGGUCAUCUACUGUGUCGAUAUCAUUUACUGGUACUUAAGGAUAUUGAAUAUUUUGGGAGUUAAUAAGUACUUAGGUCCUCUAGUCACAAUGAUGGGUAAGAUGGUUAAGAACAUGAUAUAUUUCGUGGUGCUAUUGCUGGUGGUGCUAAUGUCAUUUGGAGUUGCGAGACAAGCUAUUUUGUAUCCAGAACAAGAAGCUAGCUGGUACUUAAUUAGAGAAGUGUUCUAUCAGCCUUACUUCAUGUUGUACGGUGAGGUGUUCGCGAACGAUAUCGACCCGGAGUGUGGGAUGGAUAACUUAGCCCACAAAUGCGUCACCGGCAGGUGGAUCACACCAAUCGCAAUGACCAUAUACCUGCUCGUUGCAAACAUUUUGCUCAUAAACCUCCUCAUUGCAGUUUUUAACAAUAUAUUUAACGAAGUCAAUGAAGUCUCGCACCAGGUGUGGAUGUUCCAAAGGUUCACAGUGGUGAUGGAAUAUGAACAAAAGCCUGUGUUACCACCACCACUGAUCACCUUUUGUCAUAUAUAUGCGACUUGUAAAUGGGUCACUAGAAACGUAUCACAUAAAAGGUUCCAGUAUGAUAAUGGCUUAAAACUGUUCUUGGAGAAGGAAGAUAUGGAGAGGCUGUAUGACUUUGAAGAGGAAUGCGUUGAAGGGUAUUUUAGGGAACAAGAAAUUAAAUUAUCUAAUUCUAUAGAAGAGAGAGUGAGAAACACAACUGAUAGAGUAGAACAUAUCACUACGAAAAUGGAAGACUUAAAUCAGAAAGCUAAUUGCCAAAUACAAUCAAUACAGAGUGUAGAAUUUAGGUUAAGAAAGUUGGAGGACGUGGCUGAACAGACGAUGAACCAUUUGGCAGUGAUACACCGAUUCAUGGCCACACAUCCAUCACUAGUGAAUAGGGGGUCAACUGAUACCUUAGGACCACCGCCACCGACCUUCCAGGCGGGAGGUAAUAGGCUCAGAACAGCAAGCGAUCGAUCCGAGGUGCUGUCGGACAGCGACACGGGCGUGGCGCGCUUCGCUGUUCGCCCAGUCCAGGAGGAGGACGAGCACUCGCGGCCCUCCGACGACGAAUUACCUCAGUCUGGCCCCGAAGUACCCCCUGAAAAAGAACCAGAUGCUGACUCAAUAUCGACAUCAUCCGGUAGAAGCGCAGCAGGUCCCGAUGUUACAGUGAUCAGAACUCAGCCUCCAAUUACACCAGCUAGACAAAGAUCUUCGGAUAGCAACCGGACUGAGCCGAGUGAUGAGAAGAAAGGUUUACAACCCAACAUUCUUGUUGACAUCAUAUUGCCGUCAUCCACGGACGAUGCUUUCUUGCCGGAGGUGCGCGAAAUGCCGGCGGAUCUUCAAAGUCUGCGACCGCGCACAACUUCUGCUGGAACUCGGCGGACAGCAAACACGAGACGACGAUCGGAGGGUGGCAACGACUGUGGGAUGGGCGGCCACUACUCAACGCAGCAUCUGGCACCGCGUCGCCAACACAGCCAGACGCACUCAGAACCAGAUAAUUCAGGCGUUGACGCUGGUUCAGUGCAUAAUUCUGUUACUGAUCCACCAUCUGGUUGGGAAGCUACAGGAGGUGCAGCCGGUAUCUCGUCGGGCAGGAACCGUGUGGGUGGCGCUCCGAGGUCUCUACUGCUGGCCAUGCACGAGUACACCAGCAUUACUGAUGAGCUGGAGACCGUCUAUGGACUAUUUUCACCACCACAUACGCCCAGAACUCCAAUAACAUCACGCUUGCUAUCCCCUGCUAGAGCGGCUUCACCAUCAGUCCGCCGUCGGCACGCCAGCGAAAUGUCCAAUCCAGAAUUCGCGUUAUUCAUGGAGAAGGAACACCUUCGGGGAGCCGAGGAAGAUGACUACAUCAUUAUGGAGAAUUUGAUUCAGAGGCGCCUAGCAAUGGGUGGUCUGGACAGAUACGAGGAGGAGGAAAGCGGAGAGGCAGCUGAGGGGGGUGACGUUGGCGGCAUCAGCAUCAGCGUGUGUGUGAACACGACUGGAGGAGAUGACCAAGGGAAUGUCCCACCGCAAACAUCCACGUUGCUGACUGUCACGGACAGACGGCUGCCGCAUCAAAGGCACUCCUUGAGAAGGUCAUCAGCCAUCGACAGCCGAGAGCUACCGUCGCCCCUCCAGCCGCUGUUAGACGACGAAACGUGUGGAGAAGUGCUGCUUCCAGUCCCGAGGCAACCAUCUGCCGACACGAACGCUUCGAGCGAACUGUCCCUGUCGCACAUGGUGAGCGAGAACCUGCCUCCCCGUCCAUCAAUAGUGCUGGACUCUUCACAGCUACCGCGACAACGUUCGGCCGAGCAACCCUCGCAACCACAACCCCCUACACCGGCUCGCCCCGAGACUAUGUGUUAG